AUGUUCAAAAAGGGUUUCCCACAAUUUUCCUUCGUCCUAAGUGCAGAUCCAAACUCUCAGAUCUUUUGUCGCUUCAAGUGGCUUUUCACUCAAUGCCUCUUGCAUCUACAGGGUCGACUACUGAAAGAAGAGAAGGAGCUGAAAGUCGUCCUUAUGACCUCCGCAAAAGGGUCAGAAACGCAAUUUCGGAAGCUCUCGAUCAUCUCGAAAUUACUGAAGGAAUAUGCUGAACUCGCUGAGUUGCAAAGAAACCUUCUUUCCUUGUGCUCUCCAGAUACUACAGCGUUCGAGUCGCUGAUAAGAUUUGUGGAGCGACAUAAAAAUGACCUCGGUGAGGAGGAUUACGACUGGAUAUUCCGCGCUGACGAUCUUAUGACUCUCUGGCCAUAUGCAGAGGAUACCAUGCUGGAAGACGUCAUUCAGGCCUUCCUUGUUAUCAUUCCACAAAAGCUCUUUCCCAGUUUCGCUUUAACGAGUCAUACUGAUAGGAUGAAAUUCGGCGCUCAUACCAAGUAUAUUACACAUAGCCGGUUGAUGGCUAUUGCUCAUUUUAUACUCAUUACAAUGACCCUGUUCUUCAUUCUGAUGCCUGCUGGGUUGCUCUAUCUCAAUGUUAAUAGCUGGUCACAGUGGCAGAACUUUGGAUGCGUCAUUGGAUGGUCUGGCCUGUUUGCAUGCUUUUACGGCUUGUCAACAAAAUCGCGAGCGCACGAGGUCCUAACUGCUGCUUCUGGAUACUGUGCCAUUUUAGUAGUAUUUCUGGGCCUUAAGACUGGCAAGUAA